UACAAAUGUGGAAUGCAGAGUUGACUGAUCACAUGAUGAGGUCACAUGGCUGGUCACAUGAUCAUGUGCUGAGGUUGCAGACCGAACAUUCUGAACCGAUGUAGGAGACAUAAUUGUGUGCAUGUCUCUUUAAAUUAUUUGAUGGCUUUGUGCCUAUGAUGUGAGAACACUUCGAUGGCAUCAUCAGAUCAAAGCCACUAAAUCGUAUAAAUAGCCCCAAUGAAACUGGACUGCCUCUGUUCCACUCUACUCAUCUUGAUUCAUUUAUGAAACAUUUGAUAGACACGAUGACGUCCCAAUCAUCAGCGAUCGUCCCUUUUACAGUCAAGAAGCAAGAAAUCAUCACCAACAAGUCCACACAAUAUCUCGUGCAGGACUUCAUCGGAGAAGGAUGUUUUGGAAAAGUUGCCAGGUGCAUUAACUUACAAACAUCCGAAACAACAGCCAUCAAGAUCUUUCAAGACAUCGGAGAUCACAACGCAGAGGUCAAGAUGUUGGAGCGACUGCGGAAUCUUGACCCAGAGAAGAACAACCUUCUGGAAUACAUCGACAGUUUCAUCGUUCAAGGUGUUCCCUGCGUAUCCUUCGAGAUGCUGGACACCAGUCUUUGGGAUUUUGUGGAGCAGAGACGGGCACCACUGACCCCGAAAGAAAUACGUCCCAUUGCUCGUCAGCUACUGGUGGCCUUCAAAGCCCUGAAGAGCAUUGGUCUCGUACACACAGACCUCAAACCUGAUAAUGUGAUGCUGGUCAAUCACAAGGAGGAGCCCUUCAAGGUAAAACUAAUCGACUUCGGUUUGGCCAUGCCAGCCUCCGAAGUCCAGCUAGGUUCGAUCAUGCAACCUAUGGGGUACAGGGCUCCAGAGGUGGACUUGGGCCUCCCCAUAUGUGAAGACAUCGACAUGUGGGGACUGGGAUGUACCCUGGCUUACUUAUUCUUUGGCCAGGACAUCUUCUCUGGCAAAACAACAUACAACAGCAUGAAGACUGUUUGCAAACUACUCGGUCAGCCAGAGGACCACCUCCUGGAUGCCGGGGGCUACACCUGGCAGUUUUUCGAGAAGGAAUACUGCGCUCCCGGUAAAUCAGCAUGGAGACUGAAAACCCCAAGAGAGUUCGCAAAUGCAACCGACGUCUGGCCCAGCACUGCAGGAUGGUGCUUUGACACCUGUGGAAGUUUGAAAGACGCAGUCAAGUCCUUCUCACUUUCAUCGGACGCGACAGAGAUCAAAGACACAAUGGCAUUUUGCAACCUGCUGGAGCAGUUGCUCUGUCCAAAUGCCGAGAGGAGAAUCACACCUGCACAAGCCCUCAAACACGACUUUAUCACAAUGUGUCACAUGACGGACCGCAUGAACACAAACGCAUACGUGCAAGCUGCCUAUGAGCUGAUGAUCGUCUCCCCGCCGUACGACCUGGAUGAAUACGAUUCCCCCGGUGAUCAGCAAUCAACCCACUCAAUCAAAGCAUCCUCAGGCAGAAACAACCCUGAGGAUGGGGACACAGGUUCCAAAGAGAAUGAGCCGAUUGAGUCAGAAAAAGAAACCUUCUUCAAUGGUUCCACCCAAUAUCAGGUGCUGGGCAUACUUGGAGAAGGGUGUUUUGGAAAAGUUGCUAAAUGUGUCAACUUAAAGACCACCGAAACAAUGGCUAUAAAGCUAUUUAAAAAUGAUGCUGAUCACAAAGCAGAGGUCAGGAUGUUGGAGCGACUGAGGGCACUUAACCCAGACAAGAACAACCUGUUGAAAUACAUCGACAGUUUCAACGUUCAAGGUGUUCCCUGCAUAACUUUCGAGAUACUCGACACCAGUCUCUGGGAUUUUGUGAUUCAGAGACGGACGCCACUGACUCCAAACGAGAUCCGUCCCAUCGCACGUCAGCUACUGGUGGCCUUCAAAGCCCUGAAGAGCAUUGGUCUCAUGCACACAGACCUCAAACCUGAUAAUGUGAUGCUGGUCAAUCACAGGGAGGAGCCCUUCAAGGUCAAACUAAUCGACUUCGGUUUGGCCAUGCCGGCCUCCGAAGUCAAGCCAGGUAUGAUCAUGCAACCUAUGGGGUACAGGGCUCCAGAGGUGGACUUGGGCCUCCCCAUAUGUGAAGACAUCGACAUGUGGGGACUGGGAUGUACCCUGGCCUUCUUAUACUUUGGCCAGAACAUCUUCUCUGGUACAUCAACAUACGACAGCAUGAAGACCGUUUGCCAUCUACUCGGUCAGCCAGACGACCACCUCCUGGAUGCCGGGAGAAACACCAAGCAGUUUUUCACAAAGGAAUACUGCGCUCCCGGUUAUUCAACAUGGAGACUCAAAACGCCAAGAGAGUUCACAAAUGUAACCGGGAUCCGGCCCAGCACUGAGGGGUGGUGGUUCGACACCGUCGGAGGCUUAAGAGAUGUCGUGAAGUCCUGCUCGACGAACCAUCUCGAAGUCGAAGACACAUCAGCAUUGGCCAACCUGCUUGAGUGGUUGCUCUGUCCACAUGCAGAGCUACGAAUCACACCUGGAGACGCCCUCAAGCACGACUUCAUCACCAUGUGUCGCAUGACCACCAGCAUGGACACGAGCGCUUAUGCGCAAGCUGCCUAUGAACUGAUGGCCGUCUCCCUCCCCAAAUGAUUUGGAUCUAGAUGAUCUAUUUUCUGCGGGGGGGGUCCAGGUUAUGUGAGUUAGUCUGUUCAAGGAAAGAGUAGUUGAUCUACUUUUCCUGACUAAUUUACAUAACCUCUCCAUCUUUUUUCUAGGCCAGCUCCCCCUGUGUGAUUUAGAUCUAGAUGAUCUAUUUUCUGCGGGGGGUCCAGGUUAUGCGAGUUAGUGUGGGAAAGAGUAGUAGAUCUACUUUUUCCUGACUAAUUUACAUAACCUGGUGGUGGUGGGGGGGGGUCCAGGUUAUGCGAGUUAGUGUGGGAAAGAGUAGUAGAUCUACUUUUUCCUGACUAAUUUA